GCCGACACGUUUUUACGCAUUUUUUAUGACAUAAUCUAGCAAGUAGUAUCUCUCCCAGCAGGCGUCCUGUUUCCCUUGUGAGAGAUAAUCGUCAGGUAUAAAAGAGUUUUAAGGCGACGAAAGUCAGUUUGGACGAUGACUGAAAGGUUCGAGGUGAGGGGAACAAAUCCGCCACCGCCACCCCUCGUCAUGCAGGAAACGAGUUUUGCAAAUGGCAACGCCAACACGGUCACGCCACGCAAAAGGUCGUUGGCCCAGAUGACCCGCGAUGUGCUGCCCCGGAUUGACAACUACCGAAACCUCAUGUCCGUGGCCGCCGUCCAAAGACCUACCUUUGGCGAGCUGUAUGAGGGAGUUGAGGAGGAAAAGACGGAUCAACCAGCAUCUGGACAUGAAGCUCAGGGACACGUUAAAUUAGGCUGGAUCCAGGGCGUCUUUUUAUCAGUGGCUUUAAAUAUUUGGGGUGUCAUGCUUUUCUUGCGUGUCUCUUGGGUCGUCGGUCAUGCUGGAAUCGGCUUGGCCUUGGUCAUCAUUGCUUUUUCCGCUUUUGUGUGCACAGUGACCACCCUGUCCCUCUCCGCGAUCAGUACGAACGGUGUGAUCAAAGGAGGUGGAAUCUACUACAUCAUUUCGCGGUCCCUGGGCCCUGAGUUCGGCGCCUCGGUCGGUUUGGUUUUUGCCUUUGCCAACACAGUUUCCGCCUCGAUGAACACAAUUGGAUUUUGUGACUCGCUUAACUCUUUACUGAAACAACAAGGAUACAAAAUCAUUGACAACAGCGUCAACGACAGCCGGAUCAUUGGAAGUGCCACUGUCGUUAUUCUUAUUGUCAUUUGUGCUGUGGGAAUGGAUUAUGAAGUCAUUGCCCAAGACGUUUUUGGUGUGGUAAUUGUUGGUGCAAUAGUCGAUUACUGCGUGGGCGUUUUCAUGGGGCCUCAAAACGAAGUUGCAUAUGCUCAAGGCUUUGUCGGCCUAAAUGUAUCGGUGUACGCUGAAAAUAUAGGACCUGGAUUUCGGUUCAGCGAGGGCGUUAAUCAGAACUUUUUCACGGUUUUCUCGAUUUUCUUCACCUCUGUGACGGGUGUGCAGGCUGGUGCCAACAUUUCCGGCGAUCUCAAGGAUCCUGAGGGUGCAAUCCCAAAAGGCACCCUUUUAGCUAUCUUGAUGACCAUGCUUUCUUACGUUCUGUUUGUGCUACUCGUGGGUGGUGGGCAGUUGAGAGAAACGAGUGGUAUUGUUGAAGAGGUUGCCAAUGGAACAUUUACCGACUGUACAUACAGAAAGUGCAGUUACGGGCUUUACAACGAUUAUUCGGUAAUGCAGCUAAUGUCUGCGUGGGGCCCUUUCAUAUACGCAGGCUGUUUUGCAGCCACGUUAUCGACAGCCAUGACAAAUUUGCUAUCAGUGCCGAGAAUUAUCCAGGCGUUGGGCAAUGACGGAAUCUACCCAGGAAUCUCUUGGUUUGGGAAGCCCUACGGCUUGCACGGAGAACCCUACCGCGCGUAUGUGCUCACUGCGCUCGUCUCCAUCGCGUUUGUUUUGAUCGCCGAUCUCAAUGCCAUUGCAAAUCUUGUGUCCAAUUUCUACUUGGCCGCAUACGCUUUCAUCAAUUUUUGCACGUUUCACGCUGCUUUUGUCAAGCCGCUUGGAUGGAGACCAACUUUUACGUACUACAACAAAUGGCUGAGCUUGAUAAUGACAUUCAUCUGCAUCAUUCUGAUGAUUUUGAUUGAUUGGAUCAUGGCCCUUAUUACAGUAGGCGUCAUCGCACUGCUUUACUUCUUUGUCGUGUAUCGCAAACCAGAUGUUAACUGGGGAGCCUCAACUCAGGCUCAGACUUACAACACCACGUUGAGUGCCGUCCAGUCCCUCAACAACAUCGAGGAUCACGUCAAAAAUUACCGGCCGCAAAUUUUGGUGCUCGCAGGACACCCAACCAGCAGACCGGCGCUUCUCGACUUUGCAAACUUGAUCACAAAACGACUUUCUCUUUUGAUCUGCGGCUGUGUUUCUCCACAACCCUUGUCGCACAGAGAGCGCCAGUCAGCUGUGAAUUCGGCCAUCCAGUUCUUCAAAGAGCGAAAAAUGCGCGCCUUUUUCUCUUUGGUCGACAGCUUAUCGGUCGAGAUGGGCACCAGGGCUUUGCUGCAAGCGUCCGGUAUUGGAAGGAUGAAGCCAAAUAUUUUGCUCAUGGGCUACAAAGCCGAGUGGCAAGUGAGCACGCCAGAAGAUGUGGUCGAAUACUUUGACAUUUUGCACGAUGCUUUUACAAACCGAGUUUCCAUUGCGAUUGUUCGGCUGAAGACUGGUUUGGACAACGGCCAAAGUGUGAUUGGAUCAAAGGGCAGCUACCAAGCGUUCCCAAGGGUUGAUUCUGAGGGUUGCUUCAUAAACGAGGGUUUCAGUGAAAGUGAAAUUCCGGAGAGUCCAGCCCUUCAUCGAUACAACCUCUCAACGCAUCUAACUCCUGAGAAUCCAGUUGGAAAAGGCAAGAAGAGUCCAGCAGCCAGUUAUAUUAAUAUGUACAGGGGAAUGGAAGAGGGUCCAACUGUAUCGACAACAGCAAUGGAAACGGAUUCAAUCUUCCUGAGAAAACAGAAAAAGGGUACUAUAGACAUUUGGUGGCUUUACGACGACGGAGGUUUGACUCUGCUUCUUCCGUACAUAAUUUCAACAAGAAAGAAGUGGGCAGGAUCAAAAUUGAGAAUUUUCACACUCAUUGACAAAAAAGAUGAAAUGCAAAUUGAGGAGAGAAAUAUGGCGAGCCUUCUUUCAAAAUUCCGUAUUGAUUAUGCAAAUCUAACCAUGGUCCACGAUGUGAGUGAAAAGCCACACCCAAAAACGGCCCGUUUGUUUGAGGAUAUCAUAAAACCUUUCAGAGAGGACAACAGCCCUACAAGCUCGAAGGACAACAAAUUCUUCAUUUCUGAUUCUGAACUCAAACUUCUGGUGAACAAGACGGAGCGGCAGCUACGUCUCAGGGAGCUUUUGCAGCAACACUCGCGAGACUCAAACAUGAUUGUGAUGACGAUGCCCAUGCCGAGAAAGGGCGUCGUUUCGGCGCCACUCUACAUGGCGUGGCUAGAGGUUCUGACCAGGGACAUGCCACCCUUCAUGCUGGUCAGAGGCAACCAAACCUCAGUGUUGAGUUUCUACGCUUAAAUUUUCGUAAAAAUCUGAUAACAUCUCAGUAUAAAUAUAAUGAAUUAAUGGAAUUGUGAUUGUAAUUUUAUGAUCAUAUAAAAUCUGAUCUUGUAAAUAAUAAAAAUAUUAACUAAAUUAGAAAAUAAA